GUCUGACCCUAGCAGGAAGUGCUAGUGGUGCCACUUCCGGCUGGCUGGAGCAACGGGACAUCCCGUCCUCUGAGUCCUCGGACUCCUUCGGCCAUCCAAAAGGCUUGUCUUCUCGUGCCUCGAUUUUUUUAUUUUGUUUUAUUUUUAGGCCCAUUAACACUCUGGAUCCUCCAAAGAAGGCGGCAAAUGGGCUUCCUUAAAGGCACCGUUCUGAAAGGUGCGCGUUGUGCCUUCCUGAAUGUAUUUGUCAUCCGCGGACGAAGGGGGAAAGUAGCAAGCAAGCGCGCACGUGGCUCCGCUGAAUAGCCAUAAAAAUUGCUAUAAAUGCAGUCCCACUCCCAACUCAGCCAGUCUUCUGAGAAGGAUACCAUGGUAGAUGAUACCGAAAGCCGCUGAGAGAUCAAGGAGAAUCAACAGAGUCAGGCUCCCCCUGUCUCUCUCCCGACAGAGGUCAUCAUAAAGGGCGACCAAGGCUGUUUCCGUGCCAAAACCAGGCCUGAAACCUGACUGAAAUGGAUCCAGAUAAUCGGUCUCAUCCAAGAGUGUCUGAAGCUGGCCUGCCACCACUCAUUCCAGGACCUUAAUGUGAGCAGCACAAUGGCUGAAAAUCCAUCUGGGAGUCUGUUGGGGGGCAUCACCCCCAUGCAGCAAAUGCUGGCAUCUGGGACUGGAGCCCUCUUUACCUCUCUUUUUGUCACACCCUUGGAUGUGGUGAAGAUCCGACUGCAGGCUCAGAGGACACCUUUCUCUAAAGUGUUGUCAGUACAGUCUAUGCCCUGGAGCAUUCAUCAGUCCAAAUGGAAAUGCUUCCUUUACUGCAAUGGCCUCAUGGACCACCUAUAUGUGUGUCAGAAUGGAAACAGCUGCACAGCCUGGUAUAAGACUCCCACUCGGUUCACAGGCACUUUGGUAAGGUUCUGCAAGGAUGCUUUUGUGAAGAUCAUACGCUACGAGGGCAUCCGAUCCUUAUGGAGUGGCCUGCCACCCACCCUGGUGAUGGCUGUCCCUGCCACUGUGAUCUACUUCACUAGUUAUGACCAGCUACGUGAUUUCUUGCGUGCCAGGAUUGACAGCCAAGGACGCUACAUCCCACUAGUGGCUGGGGCAGUUGCUAGAUUGGGUGCAGUAACAGUGAUUAGCCCCUUGGAACUCAUCCGCACAAAGAUGCAAUCCCGCCAGCUGAGCUACCACGAACUGCGUGUCUGCAUCCAAUCUGCUGUGGCCCAGGAUGGGUGGCUGUCUCUCUGGAGGGGCUGGGGACCCACAGUGUUGCGGGACGUUCCUUUCUCAGCUCUGUACUGGUACAACUAUGAACUGGUGAAAGAAUGGCUGUGUACCCAGUUCCAUCUGACCAAGGCCACUUUCACAGUCAGCUUUGCAGCCGGUGCCAUUUCUGGCACGGUGGCUGCUAUCUUGACACUGCCCUUUGACGUGGUGAAGACCCAGAGACAGAUUGAGCUGGGAGACAUGGAGACACUCCAAGUUACUACUCCCAGAUCCUCCUCAACCUGGCUGCUUAUGCAGAAGAUUCGAGCAGAAUCUGGCACUCGAGGACUCUUUGCAGGUUUCCUGCCUCGUGUCAUCAAGGUAGCCCCAGCCUGCGCCAUCAUGAUCAGCACAUAUGAAUUUGGCAAGACCUUCUUCCAGAAAAUGAACCAGGAGCGGCAGCUUAGCAACCUGUGAGCUCCAUAGAAAGAUCCUCAGCAGCAUGUAGAUGGACCAAAGCCACAUCAGUAGCAGGGCAAAAGGGCAUAUUUCAGGAGACUGAAGGAGGAAAAUAAAGUCUGUGAACGCUUGGACUUGAUAAGGUGGAAGCAGUAGUGGUCACUGACAAUGAAGAGUUGAGCAGGCCAUACCUAGGAAAUGUUUGUUCACUUUUCUUGUCCUGUCCAACAACUUCCAUGUGCCUUCCAUCUAGCUUCCAGCCUCCCUGCCUUCCCCUUUUCUUGGGGAACAGUUUGGUGAUUUAGAUCUCUGAGCUGCACUCCUUGCUCUCCUCACUUUAGAAUCAUUGUUACAUUUUCCUAUUUGGACACUGUGAUGUUUGAGCCUUUCUGCCUCUUACCGGAAGAGCAGAAUGUCCUCUUUAGUCUUGCCCCAGAUCAAGAGAAUCUCUAGCUACAACUGCCUGCCUGUCAGAUCCCAAACAGAAUAUGUCUUUCUUUGGUCAGCUGCAGAAGGAGGCAAAAGGAAAACAAGGAAAAAACAGGCUAGCCUUGCCAUUCCAAAUGAGAAGAGCUGCACAAAAUCGGGGGGUUUUUUUUGUAUGUGUGGCUCUCCAGAGUUAAAGCUGCUGUAGACAGAAACAGACAGGCAACUCCACCCCGUCUUAAUUCUAAAGUGUCUGUUGGCGUGCAUGCCUGCUGUUCUGCCACAUGAUCUUUUCUGCGCAUGAUGAAUAUGCUGGCUCAAGUUGCAAGCCCACACUGGACUCCAGAUACAAAUACUGGUUUUAGACACUCAGGAUUCUCCCACUUCUUCUCUCCAUGCCCCCAUGGACAGCCUGAACUCUCUAAAGUCUUCACACCCUUGAUAAUGGCUAGCAGGGGAACAUUCUCUGCCCCACACCAUGCUCAAAUCUUCCACAAGGUCUGCUUCAUUAAAGGAGGACUGAAAUCUCAGCCAGGCCAAAAUUUUGGUUUACCUUAAGUGGCACCCUUUAGCAGCUGCUAGAUUUCCCCUUUCUAUGCUGUUCACUUACGUGCCUGUUGCUUACAUUCUUGUGGAGAGGAUAGAGAGGCUGAACACCUCUUUAAUAAAGUUGCGUUUUUUAAAAAAAAAUACAGCAGAGCAGAUCGGGAGAGGAUCGCUCGUCUGUCGAUGUUAAAUCUA